AUGACGGCCCUUGCAGCUGCACCCGUGAUGAAUGGCCACGAUUCCGGUACUGAAACAGGGACGGAACAUAGCCCAUCCCGCUUUACUGCAGUCAAUGGCAGAGAGCCUGUGAUCGGCGGGAAUCCCGGAGAACGUGGUCUUCAAGAAAAGACCAAUACGGAUCGGCGAGAGAACCGGGGAGUAAAAGAUCCUGAUGAAAGGUUGUCCCAGAGAUCCUCGCCUCCGGUAUCCAGCAAGAAUAAGAGAAAAAGAUCAGAAUCACGAGAUCAAGAAUCCUCAAACCACGAGGGAGAUUCUUCCAGAAGUCCUGGGAAUCGUCCUGAAAUCCAAUCCAACCCUACGAUGCCAGGAUCGGUAUCAGAGGAACGGGGCAAUCAAUCAGCAACGCCUUCGCAUCGGUCCGAAGGCAAUGAUGCGGGCCAGACAUCAGCCAACAGUCCUUGGUCAGAAUAUGAUUCUCAGCUGAUCACUCAAGCACAACGAGCCCAACAGAUUGAUGCCUCAGAUGCCCAUUUGGCGGAUGCUCUGCAACGGGAGGCAAGCCAUGAGAGGCCCGGUGUAAAUCGCUCUACGCCGGGCGCUCAGGCUUCGUCUCCCGGAUAUGCGCCAGAACGGCAUGGGGCUAUGCAGGUGGCUCCAAAAAGGAAGCGGGUAUUUAGUAACCGAACAAAGACAGGCUGCAUGACCUGCCGCCGCAGAAAGAAGAAAUGCGACGAGCAACAUCCGGCAUGCAACAACUGUCUUCGUGGCGGUUUUUUGUGUGAAGGAUACUCUUCAAGGAGCACCUGGCAAAAGCCAUCCAGCACAAAAACACCUAUUCCGUUGCAAUCCAAAGAAGGGUACCCAGACAUAAAUGGUCCGUAUGUGCAGGAAACCACUCGACACCAUGAUCGACAGCCUGCCCUGGAGCAUAUGGAGGCGACCAAAAUUCGGCCCCUGGUAGUCGAAGAUAACGAUCGUCCUGUGCCACAGUACAACUCGAACAACACAGGAUCUAGUCAUGGGUGGUCAAAACAAGGCUGGCCAGGUGCUGGCCAUCCGCCUUAUGUAUCCGAACCGAUGGCAAAGCCCGAUUAUCGGGAAGUUCCAUCCAUCCAUGAACUAACGCGAGAGGGACGAUCCAAACCCGACUACCCCGUAGUCCCAUCCAUUCGGGACAUAGGUCACGGAUCUCAUCCGAAAUCCAAUUUGCCUAUAUUCCAGAGUGUGGAGCAACGGACCUUGCCCGUUGCGUCGGUGGAUACGAACAGCCCGCAGGUGCAAGCCCGCAUGGCACUCAGCAUAGAGCAACAGUUGUCUGCUGAUACCGAGAAGGAUAAGAUGAUCCGAGGUGACCUCUAUCGACCAUUCGAUGUUCAUCUCGUAGAGGACCGGGACCGUUGUCGAGGCGCACUGUGGAGAUUCAACAAUGCCUGCAAUCCACUCACCGGAGUCAGCACAAAAGAGCAAAACCGAUUGCUAAAGGAACUGAUUGUACCCCCAGCAAGUUCCUUUGUCAAUUCACCUGGGGUCGGUGAAUUUCGAUCCGUCGGGUCCAUUAGCCAAGGAGUGGUGGUUGAGGCACCUUUUACCUGCCAUUAUGGAUACAAUAUUCAUAUUGAAGAGAAUGUCAUGAUCUCAGAGAAUUGCCUGUUUGUGGAUGACUGUGGCAUCCGCAUCGGUUGUCACACCUGGAUAGGCCCCGAUGUCAAAAUACUUACUUCGACGGCUUCUCCUAACAUGCAGGAGCGCAAGGGCUCGCAGAUUCGGUAUCAAGGCCGCCAAGUCAUUAUCGAACAGGAGUGCUAUCUCGGCGCUGGGUGCAUCAUCUAUCCGGGUGUCCGCCUUGAACGUGGUGCUUAUGUGGCCCCGGGAGAGGUUGUCAGGACAAAUGUUGCGGCUUACACGCAUCAGGGAUUGAAACCCAACUUGAUGUGA